AUGGCCAACAGUAAAUAUGAAUACGUCAAAGCGUUCGAACAAGAACAUUACCUUCUACCUGAUACCUACAUUGUAGUGAGAAUCGAUGGUAAAGGGUUCCAUAAAUUCAGUGAUAAGUACAAUUUUCAAAAACCUAACGAUGUUAGGGCCCUCCAGGUGAUGAAUACUGCUGCCAGAAACCUCAUGAACCAAUUCCAAGAUAUCGUGCUAGGGUAUGGUGAUAGUGAUGAGUACUCAUUUUUGAUCCGAAAAGAAUGUGUGCUUUAUGAACGGCGAGAGAUGAAACUAACGUCCAUUAUAUGUUCAGCCUUCACGUCGUACUACUUGGCGGAGUUCCAGAACCAUUUCGAGGUGAAAACCAGUUUCCUCCCCAUGUUUGAUUGUCGCUGUGUUUUGUAUCCUACCAUAGAGAAAGUUAAGGAUUAUUUCCGUUGGAGACAAGUAGACUGCCACAUCAAUAACUUGUAUAAUACCAGUUUCUGGACAUUGGUGCAUAGUGGAAUGACCAACCAACAGGCUGAGGAUCGUUUGAACGGGACGGUAUCAUCAGAUAAACAUGAGAUCCUCUUUAAGUUGGGUAUCAAUUAUAAUAAUGAGCCAGAGAUGUUCAAGAAGGGAACGGUGUUGGUGAAGGAGAAGGAGAAACGUUGGGUGGUGAAGGAAUAUCAUGUUGAUGUGGUGAAGGAGGAAUUCUGGGAGAAAUACACUCCAGGAUGGAUAUAG